UGUAAAUUAUGUAAUUAACAUUAAGUCGUUAAUACCAUAAACAGCACAUUUGUGCUUUCGGUCAUACUUUUUCAAAUGUAUUAUACAGCACUAAUUUCUUGUGUCAUUCUUCUCCCGCGCUUAUAUGCUGAGUGGGACGCGAGAGACUACCAUGACGACGAGCUGCAAGAUGAUUUCUUUGCGGAAGAUGGGAACCACGAGAUCAACGAAACAUCGCUGCGUGAUCAAUUAUCCGAGCGGAGCACGAUAAACGUGUUGCAGGACGACAUAAUGUAUGCUAGCGCAAUGGAUAGCGACUUUUUCCACCAAGCCAACACAUCGACUAAGAGCGACAGGCAAAGCGAAGCCAUCACGACCUGGCCGGGAGGAAGUGUUCCCUAUACAAUCAGCUUCGCAUUCGACGCAUAUAGCACAUUUCUGAUCGAGAACGCAAUGCAUCGGAUUGAAGAUGCCACAUUCGGCUGCAUCAGUUUCGCUAAAAGAACUGCCGAAGAGGAUUUUAUACUCUUUCAACGUGGAGACAAUUGUUCGUCGGUCCUCGGAAUGAGACGUGGCAGCGGAGGCGCCGGGCAACCGCUUUUCUUGAGGGCCGAUGCUGACGCUUCCUGCAUCGUGUCGGGGAUUGUGCAACAUGAAAUUCUGCAUGCGCUGGUCAUGUAUCAUGAACAUUCAAGGCCCGAUCGCGAUGCAUACGUUGAGAUUGGCUACAACGAAAUAUUGGCGGGUCACGAAGCCAACUUCGUGAAGAAGCCCGAUGCGCCGACAUACGGAAUUGAAUACGAUCUGCAAUCCAUUAUGCACUACGGCGCCUUUGAUUUCGCCAAAUCCCGUAGUGUUCCGGUUAUUAAGCCGAGGAUUGCCAGUCCCCAUUUGGCGAUGGGACAGCGAAAGCGUCUGACAGUGAGAGAUAUAGCUAAGCUACGGGCUGCCUACAAGUGCCAGGUGGACUCGGGAAAGCACAUGCCGCACGAACAACCGCCACCUCGAUUUGUCCAGACUAAUCUAACUCCAGAAGAGUGUGAUUUACAGUUUAACGAGAACUGUGGAUUCGCUCUAGAAAGCAAUGAUCAAUGCAGAACCUCCAAAUUGCUUAUUAUUUCUUGUUGGUUCGAGGCCGAUACGGAUUAUUUGUGGAAGAUGGCGUCGGCGGUGGCUAAGCAUCCCUUGCGCGAAGUCGGAGUCGUUCUUCCAGAGCCACUAAUUAUUCCCGGCCCUUUGCACCUCGUUAAUUUGCAAGUGACCAUGCUGUCCAUGUUCGCAUGCUCUGUGGCGCAUGCAACAUCCCGACUGCCUUCGCUUGAAGUUAGCAAUUUACACCAAUUCCAAAUGGUAGGCUGCCGCAGAAUGAUCAUCCGGAAACAAGAUUUUGCGCAGUUUCGAAAACUGCUCGUAAUCAGCUUCACAAACACGACGCUGCAGAUUUUGGAGAAAGACACCUUCAUCAACUUGGAGCAGUUGCAUCUCUUGCAGUGGCACGAUAAGAUUCAAAACUUUCCGGUAUUUACACAGGAAAUGCAAGAUUUACUAAAAUACCUUCACUGCAGCUGCGAACUCGAAUGGUUUCGCAGAUGGUGGGAAGAAAGUAAAAUCUUAAAAAGCCCAUUCGACAGCAGUAACCGCAGACUGUCGUACUUGACGAAUCCGGAUUUACAGACUGUGGAAAUCUUUCUUCCCAUUGACUGUGCCGCGGAACCAUUUCCUUCUCAUUUGAGGAUGAUUAAUUUCACGCAGCCAAAAUUCUCAAUCAAUGUGCCAUUGAACUGCCAGAAAGAGCCAGCUAGCGAGUGGUACAAACAGUACAGUGGAUCAACCGUUUCAUUUCCACCGCAAAGCAUGCUUAACAUGACCGCAGCCGAAUGUCUCGCUCAGUUUAGUACGAAAUGCCGGCCUCCUGACUAUGAUGAUGGGGUUCUCCCCGUGGACUAUUUCUCCACCACAGCUCGUAGCGGGGUUUUGGCUAUCCGCUGUCAGUCUGCAAUAACCAUUCGAGAAUUGCAGGAUAUGACCUACAACAUGGUCAAACUGUCAUUCAGGGACAUCAGCAUUUUUCUGCCUGACGGUGAUUACGUGGCGUAUCGGGCGUUUGCCAUAAUCCGGCCGCGAGUUUAUUAUUUCGGUCUGGAAAACUGUAUCGACGGUGCCAGCACCAAAAAGCUCUCCUCACUGGCAUUUACCAACCUCGUAGACUUUGUGCUGGAAAACUGCCACCGCUUGAUCAUUCAGAAGAAUGAUUUCGCUGGGCUGCCGUAUUUACACACGAUUAUUUUCAUGAAAUUUCGAAUGGUUCAUGGUCCAGCACGCAUAUGAUUAAUAAUCAUAUUAUAAGCGUGGACCUGGUGAAGGUUCACGCGCAGAACAGAAUUAACGGAAUUCUGGCUGCCAAACAGAUCUAGCAAUGCUAUAAAGCGCCUACGCUAUGGAAAGCGAGAAACGACGCGAUUGCAAGAACUUUAUGAGCAAGACUAAAUUCGAUAGAAUUUCCUCAUAGACAACUCCGCAUUGCUGACUGCAGCAAGCGUGGAAAAUGC